AUGAUGUGCACAUACAACGCACGUACGCUUGCAUCGGAAGAGGCCAUCGAAGAUCUGAGGAUGCAAGCCAAGAAGAUCAAGUACGACGUCAUCGGACUGACCGAGACAAGACGACGCCACCUUCUCAACGCCGUAUAUGAAACAGGACUCAUGACAUCCUUGUAUCCCGCACGUCGGUCCGACCAAAAGCCUGCAAUCAAGUGA